UCCCAACUGAAAUAUCCAAAUUAAAUAACCACGAGCGUAUACAAGCGAAGUGUUGAAUGGAGUAAGCCAUGACAUACCCACCGCUUCACAAGUUGUAUCUCUCACUUAAUUUACGCAUGCGUUACUUAUGACAUAUUCUCGUAAUCUCAUUUCCCCAACUGCCCACCACUCUCUUUUUCAGAAAUUGUCAAUUUCACCCUUCUCUUUCUCAAUCCAGCUUAUAAAUACACAAACACACUCAUAUGACUCAAGUCACAACCAUAUCUCAAACGAUCAUCAUCAACAAAAUGGACCUUCAAUUUUCAUUUUGCUUUGUCUUCUUCACCUUCACCGCCGUUUUCUUCCUCUUCUCUUUUUCACUUUACAUCCUCCGCCUUAAUCGCUGCUGCAACUGCGACGUCUGCACCGCCUUCAUCACACGGAGUUGGGCGGCUGAGUUUGUGAAUCUUUCAGACUGGUACACCCAUCUCCUCCGUAAAUCGCCAACAGGCACCAUCCACCUCCAUGUACUCAACAAUAUAAUUACAUCGAACCCUGAUAACGUUGAGUACAUGCUCAAGACAAACUUCGAUAACUACCCAAAAGGAAAAGCUUUCUCAACCAUCCUCGGAGAUCUUCUCGGCCGAGGUAUUUUCAAUGUCGACGGAAAGUGCUGGAGGUUUCAGAGAAAAAUGGCGAGUUUGGAACUUGGGAGUGUGUCUAUUAGAUCACACGCUUUGAAUGUUGUGGUAGAUGAGAUUGAAUCUCGGCUUAUUCCAUUAUUUUCAUCGGUUGCUGAGAACAAAGACGGCGCCGUUUUGGACUUGCAAGAUGUAUUCAGAAGGUUUUCUUUUGACACUAUAUGUAAAUUCUCAUUCGGGUUAGACCCGGGUAGCUUAAAACCAUCACUACCCGUUUCAGAACUCGAGUCCGCCUUUGAUCUGAGCUCUAAGCUUUGUGCUGAGAGAGCCAUGGCGCCGUCUCCAUUGAUAUGGAAAAUCAAGAGACUUUUCAACAUAGGGAGUGAGAAAAACCUAAAAGAAUCCAUCAAGAUUGUGAAAAGAAUGGCCGAUCAGGUAAUCAAGACACGAAGAGAAACGGGUUUUUCUUCAAAUAAUGAUUUGCUUUCAAGAUUCAUGGGUUCCAUUAGUGACGAUGAUUACCUCCGAGACAUCGUCAUCAGUUUCCUUCUGGCCGGAAGAGACACGGUGGCGUCCGCGUUGACCAGCUUCUUCUUGUUAAUGUCACAAAACCCGAAAGUCGUGAAAAAGAUCCGUGAGGAAUCUGAUCAGGUCAUGGGUGAGACCCGUGAUACAUUAGCCAGCUUUAAAGAUCUACAAAACUUGCAUUACUUGCAAGCAGCGCUUCACGAAAGCAUGAGGCUUUAUCCACCAGUGCAAUUCGAUUCCAAAUUCACUAAACAAGAGGACGUGUUACCUGAUGGGACUUUCGUGAGGAGAGGGAGUCGGGUCACAUACCACCCGUAUGCAAUGGGUCGUAUGGAGCGGAUAUGGGGCCCCGAUGCCUUGGAAUUCAAGCCUGAAAGGUGGAUCCGAAAUGGGGAGUUUAAGGCAGAAAGUGCAUAUAAGUAUCCAGUUUAUCAAGGCGGGGUUAGGGUUUGUUUGGGGAGGGAGAUGUCAUUGGUUGAAAUGAAAAGUGUUGCCUUGUGUUUGAUUCGGAGGUUUGACGUGAGAGUGGUGAACCCUAGCCAGGCACUACGGUUUGCCCCGGGGCUUACUGCCACCGUGAGUGGUGGACUCCCGGCGGUGGUCCGGCCAAUAGAUCUGCAGUCUAGUUAACGUACACUUGUGCAGUGGUGUCUUAAUUUACAAGUAUAGAAAAACACAUGCGGAAUGAGUGCAACUGUAAUGCUGUUGAGAUGUAGAUACACAACUGUUUCUUACUACAGUAAUCCUGAAUCCUGAUCAGUAAAAUAUUUAACUUAUAGUAA